AUGGCGCGGCUGGUUGCAGUGUGCAGAGACGGGGAGGAGGAAUUCCCUUUCGAGAAGAGGCAGAUUCCCCUUUACAUCGAUGACACCCUCACGAUGGUGAUGGAAUUUCCUGAUAACGUGCUGAACCUUGAUGGACAUCAGAAUAAUGGUGCACAAUUAAAACAGUUCAUUCAGAGACACAGCAUGCUUAAACAGCAGGAUCUAAAUAUUGCCAUGAUGGUGACAUCGCGUGAAGUUUUGAGCGCGCUUUCUCAGCUGGUCCCGUGCGUCGGCUGCCGCCGUAGCGUGGAACGUCUGUUUUCUCAGCUUGUUGAGUCUGGAAAUCCAGCACUUGAGCCCCUAACAGUAGGGCCAAAGGGGGUUCUUUCUGUAACUCGAAGCUGUAUGACUGAUGCAAAGAAGCUUUAUACAUUGUUUUACGUGCAUGGGUCCAAACUGAAUGAUAUGAUUGAUGCAAUUCCCAAAAGUAAGAAGAACAAGAGAUGUCAGUUACACUCCCUGGACACACACAAACCAAAACCUUUAGGUGAAGGGAGCAGUAGGACACUCAGUACAGAGAAAUUAAGUGCAAAUAAGAAAAAUAGUCAAGACAGGAGGAAGAAGGAGAGCAAGUGUAGCAUCGCUUUCCGUUAUGGACCUUUCCAGGGAGGAGUCAGGGGUUGUUGGAUGGAUGUGUGGGAGCUCAUGUCCCAGGAAUGCAGGGAUGAAGUAGUUUUAAUUGACUCUAGUUGUCUUUUAGAAACAUUAGAAACCUAUCUACGAAAACACAGGUUUUGCACUGACUGCAAAAAUAAAGUCCUUCGGGCAUACAAUAUUCUUAUUGGCGAGCUAGACUGCAGCAAAGAGAAGGGCUACUGCGCCGCGCUCUACGAGGGCUUGCGCUGCUGUCCCCACGAGCGCCACAUACACGUGUGCUGCGAAACAGAUUUCAUCGCGCACCUCUUGGGUCGAGCCGAACCAGAGUUCGCAGGAGGGUAUGAACGAAGAGAAAGGCAUGCUAAGACAAUAGACAUAGCCCAAGAAGAAGUUUUGACCUGCCUUGGUAUUCAUCUUUAUGAAAGAUUGCACCGAAUCUGGCAAAAGUUGCGGGCUGAGGAACAGACGUGGCAGAUGCUUUUUUACCUGGGUGUUGAUGCUUUACGCAAAAGCUUUGAGAUGGCUGUGGAAAAAGUGCAGGGUAUUAGUCGGUUGGAACAGCUCUGUGAAGAAUUUUCAGAAGAAGAAAGAGUGCGAGAGCUUAAACAAGAGAAGAAGCGCCAAAAACGGAAGAACAGACGGAAAAAUAAGUGUGUGUGUGAGAUCCCUGCUCCUUUGCAGGCAACAGAAGAGAAGGAAAUAAAUCAAGCAAAGGAAAAUUCGAACUUCACAGAAAGUAGUUGCAAAGCCUGUGGUAGCAACGAAGAAGCUAACAACUGUGUAGAAGUUAUUGUUACUAAUGAAAGCACUUCUUGCACCUGUCCUAGCAGUGGUACCCUAUUAGGUUCACCUAAAAUUAAGAAAGGUUUAUCUCCACAUUGUAAUGGUAGCGAUUGCGGCUAUUCAUCUAGCAUGGAGGGCAGCGAAACAGGAUCUCGAGAGGGGUCAGAUGUGGCCUGCACUGAAGGCAUCUGCAACCAUGAUGAAAAUGGAGAUGAUUCAUGUGUCCAUCGCUGUGAUGACAAAGAGGAGGAUGGAGAUAGCUGUGUGGAAUGUUGGGCUAAUUCGGAAGAGAGUAACACAAAAGGCAAAAACAAAAAGAAGAAAAAGAAAAGUAAAACUUUGAAGUGUGAGAACGAACAUAUUCAGAAACUUGGAAGCUGUAUGGCAGAUCCAGGUAACAGAGAGACCUCAGGAAAUAUCAUGCACACAGAGUUUCAUCGCGACAAGACCAAAGACACACAUGCUGAAAGCUGCUGUAGCUCAGAAAAAAGUGGGCAGCAGUCGCCUUGGUUUGAGCAUAUGAAAAAUGUGUCACAGUUUGCAGAAUCUACAGAAAUGUCACUUGUUCCCGAUACUGGAAAAGGUGCCAAGAGCUUAGUGGAACUCCUUGAUGAGUCUGAAUGCACUUCUGAUGAGGAAAUCUUUAUCUCACAAGAUGAAAUACAGUCCUUUAUGGCAAACAACAAGUCUUUUUACAGCAAUAGAGAACAAUACCGACAGCAUCUGAAGGAGAAAUUUAAUAAAUACUGCCGCUUAAAUGAUCACAAGGGGCCCAUUUGUAACGGUUGGUUGACAACAGCUGGAGCGAACUAAAUACAAUAAAAUAGCUCUGUCUUUCACUGAAAUUCUCAAGAUGACUACUGCGCCUUCUCUUUCAAAAACUUAAUUUAGUGACUUAUGGCAAAAUUUUAUCUUAAAUUAAUGUGAUUCUUUUUUUCUUGGUUUUUUUUGAGGGGAGGCUGGUGGAGGUGAUUUCAUUAAUUUUGUUCUUUCUUCAGGCUUGUAUCUUUAGUUGAGUAGCUGUGCAAGCCUCUCUUAUAAUUUAAGCCAUCUCUUUUCAUUAAAUGUUUCUCUUACUGUGACACUUACAAAAAGCAAACUAGUGGCAAAGUAAUGUUGUACCUAUAAUUCUGUACAGAAUGACAAUGAGCUGAAUAUAAGAUUUUACAAAGUAGACAUCCAUUUGCAAAAUGUUUUGGAUGUAAUAUGUUAAAGCGCAAUGUGCAAAAUUUAAAUAAAGAAUAUUUAUUAAUAUGCA